AUGGCAGCGGAAUCGACUCGGAGAUUUACCAAGAACCUGCUGAAACCCGGGACCGCGGCGGAGAUACGACAGACGGCGUGCAACGCCGUGAGGCUGUCGGCGAUGACGCAGGAGAAGCCUAAACUGAUUGAUCCGCUGGACUAUGAGGCGGUUAUCUCUGAACUGGGUGAUGAUCUGAAAGAAGACCCACUAAGGGACCUGCUCCUCUUCCCUGACAAUGACUUCUCGGUGUCUGUGGUGCCCCAGGAGAGACGGACCCUCUACUCCACUGUUCCAGAUGGAGCAGAGCUACAGGUGGAAUGUCUGCUGGUCAGACAGGCCUGUAAGUAUUACAACGCUGACCUAAACGUGGUCCACUUCAAGUACGAUGACUAUGCCGGAGACUACCGCCUCCUGCCAAGAAAACUGUACAAAGCAGAGAAGCUGCCGUCUCAUUCUUUUGAGAUUGACCAUGAAGACAUGGACAAGGAUGAGGAUACCACGUCCCUGUCCUCGUCCAAAGGCGGCGGAGGAGGUGGUGGUGGAGGAGGAGGAGGAGGAGGGGGGGGUAUUGGUGUGUUUCGUUCUGGCUGGCUGUACAAAGGGAACUUUAACAGCACCGUCAACAAUAGCAUCACUGUUCGGUCGUUCAAGAGGAGAUACUUCCAGCUGACCCAGUUAACGGACAACUCGUAUAUUAUGAACUUCUACAAAGAUGAGAAGAUCUCCAAGGAACCCAAAGGAUGCAUUUUCCUUGACUCGUGCACUGGUGUGGUGCAGAAUAACCGUCUGAGGAAGCAUGCAUUUGAGCUGAAGAUGAAUGAGGUGACAUACUUUGUUUUGGCUGCCGAGAGUGAGCAGGACAUGGAGGAGUGGAUCAGCACCCUGACUCGCAUCCUACAGAUCAGCCCCCAUGAUGGGCCGGCCCCAGACCGCAAGAGCUUGGACCUCACGGACCACCGCCAGGAUGUUUUUGACUUGUCAUUGAGUGACAGCUGUUUGCAGGAGAAUGAAGAUACCACAGAGGAUGGCAUCAAUCCAGAGUUGGCCAAGUAUAUCUCUGAGACAGAAGAAAGUGUUCGCUCUGCCAGGAGGGAAGAGAGGUUGAAUCUGUUCUCCUUAGACCCUGAUACUCCUGUCCUGAGGAGCCCGCGGGCAGAGCAUGCCUUGGGUGAGAGUGCAGCAGUACGGCCAUUUGAGGAGAAGCUUGGCAGGAGACUGAUGAUCACAUGUCGAUCCCUCAACCUCACGCUACAGGGCUGUGUCAACGAGACUGAAACUGGACCUGUUACUAAUAUUGAGCCCUUCUUUGUGACGGUGGCUCUGCUGGAUGUGCGUGAGGGGAGGAAAGUGUCUGCGGACUUCCAUGUUGACCUGAACCAUGAAGUUGUGCGUCUCAUGUUGGGAGGCUGCAGUAAUGGGGCAGGAGGCUCAGAGCUCGGUCUGGGUCAGGAGAAUGGCCUGAGUUCCCCCGCGGAGAAGAGGCCGGGAGACUGUCACCUCAGCCUGGACCUGGAGCAGUGGCUCUGCUUUCCUAGACAGGCUAUCUUUUCAGUGACCAACCCUCACACAGAUAUAGUGAUGGUGGCCCGUGUGGAGAAGGUGCUGAUGGGAAAUAUUGCCUGUGGGGCAGAGCCUUACAUCAAAAACGCAGACUCAAGCAAGACUGUUCAGAAGAUGCUGAAAUCCAACAGACAGUUUUGCAGUAAACUGGGAAAGUACCGUAUGCCUUUUGCCUGGUCUAUCAGAUCGGUUUUUAAGGACAACCAGGGGACACUGGACAGGGAGUCUCGCUUCUCGCCUCUUUUCAAACAGGAGAGCAACAAGAUCUCCACAGAUGAUCUGAUCAAGCUGGUGUCUGAAUACAGGAGGGCAGAGAAAACCAGCAAGCUGCAGACUAUUCCAGGGAAUUUGGACAUCACAGUAGACUACAUCCCCAUGGAGCAUCCUAACUGUGUGACGUCGUCCUAUGUGCCAGUGAAGCCCUUUGAAGAGCUGAGCCGACACCAGCCGACAGUGGAGGUGGAGGAGUUUGUCCAGGACACCUCCAAAUUUACCCAGCCGCAUCGGGUCUACAAGAACCACAUCUAUGUUUACCCCAAACACCUCAAGUAUGACAGCCAGAAGAGCUUUGCCAAGGCACGUAACAUUGCUGUCUAUGUGGAGUUCCGCGGCUCAGAUGAGGAGGUUGCCAAACCUUUAAAGUGCAUUUAUGGUAAGCAAGGAAGUCCAGUCUUCACCACAGCAGCUUGUUCCACAGUCCUACAUCACUCCCAAAACCCUGACUUCUAUGAUGAGGUAAAGAUUGAGCUUCCCACCCAGCUUCAUGAGAAGCACCACCUUCUCUUUUCCUUCUAUCAUGUCACUUGUGACAUCAACGCCAAAACCAGCUCCAAGAGGAAAGAGACUCUGGAGACACCAGUGGGAUAUUCCUGGCUACCACUUUUGAGAGAUGGUCGUCUGGCAUCUCAGGAGUUCAACAUCUCUGUCUCUUGUAAUCUGCCCCCGGGAUAUUUGGCCAUCAAAGAAUCCAGCAGCGCCAAGAACGGUUCAGAUGUGAAAUGGGUGGAUGGCGGGAAGCCCAUCUUCAAAUUGUCCACCAAUGUUCUCUCCACAGUUUACACUCAGGACCCCCACUUGAACCGAUUCUUCCAGCAGUGCCAGAAGAGAGAGCUGGACCUCUCCCUGCCUCCUACCUCUAACUUCCUCAACUGCCUGAAGGGUCUCCUUAGCAUGGAGAGAAUUCCAGUUAUCAUACGGUUUCUACCGGUGCUUUUCAACCAGCUCUUCAAAGUCCUGACUCAGAAUGAUAAUGAUGAGGUUACUACUGCCACCACAAGAGUGCUGGUCCACAUUGUUGCAAAGUGCAGUGAGGAAAACCUGGACCACUAUCUGCAUUCCUAUAUCAAGUAUGUGUUUAAGUCAGAGUCCCAUGGCUUCAGGACAGUCCACGAGGAGCUGGCUAAAGGUAUGACUUUCGACCUGAAGAGCAACGAGCAGGCGGCAGUCAGGAAUAUCCUGAGGUUCUCCUGGUUCUUCUUUGAGUUGAUCAUCAAAUCCAUGGCCCAGCACUUGGCCGACUCUGACAAAGUUAAGCUACCUAGGCCCCAACGUUUCCCUUCAUCCUAUCUGAAUCGUGUGGAGACACUGUUGGAGACAGUGUCUGACCACAUCUUCUGGAAGAAUAAAGAACUGACGGAAGAGACGCGCAGCGCCAACCUGGCUGUGGCGGCUUUUGUCAAGCGUUGUUUUACUCUAAUGGACCGAGGUUUCAUCUUCAAACUCAUAAGCAACUACAUCAACAUGAUCACUGCUACUGACAGCAAGAUCUUGUGUGAGCUGAAGUUUGAGUUUUUGAGAGAGGUGUGUAACCAUGAGCACUACAUCCCUCUCAGCCUGCCCCUGCCCUCUGCACGUAUCACAGAUAAUGCAUCCCCAGAGCCACAAAGUAUACAUGCAUCAGUGCCAGAGUACAGCCUGACCGGAGAGUUCUGCAGGAAACACUUCCUGACUGGUUUGCUAUUGCGGGAACUGGGGCUGGCACUGCAGGAUGAGCAGGACCUGAGACACUUGGCCCUGGCCACCCUCAAGACUUUAAUGGCCAAACACUCCCUGGAUGCACGCUAUGCCACCAAGGAGAAGCAGGCAAGAAUUGCAUCUCUCUACCUGCCUCUGUACGGUCUGAUACUGGACAACAUGCCUCGAUUCUUUCUCAGGGACCUCUUCCCCAUCUACUUCACUUCAAGUGACCAGGGCUCACGUGAUGACCUGAGUGUUGGAGGUGGAGUGGCGGGAGGUGUGACUCACAUUGUUCGCCAUGCCAACUCUGUGGAUGCCUCCUUCUCCAAAGAAGUUCUCAACUCCAUUACAGCCUUUUCUUCCUUGGCUGUUGCCACGGGUAACCAGGCCGACUCACGGGGUUCUUUGAUCAGUGUGGACUCCAACCCUAGCAACAGUGACAGGAACAGUGAGAAGAUGGAUGGAUGUGAGAAGUUUGCCCGCCCUCAGUCCCUGAUAGGCUAUGGCUCUCGCUGUGAUAAACUGGACCAAGCAGAGACCCGCAGCCUGCUCAUGUGCUUCCUGCACAUCAUGAAGACCAUAUCUGAGGAUGUGCUGGUGUCCUAUUGGCACAGGGCCAUUCACCAGGAGAUCUCAGACUUCUUCAAUAUUUUGGAGUUGUGUCUUCAGCACUUCAGGUUCCUUGGGAAACGCCACAUAGCCAGGAAGCUAGCAGCGGCAGUAAAGCUGGCCCAGUCCACCCAGGCAAAUGGCACCCUGAAGGGCUCUAACCAGCACCCCCACCCCUCACAGCCCUCCCAACCCUCAGGCCUCUUCCCACAAUGGAUUUCAUCAUCAGGCGGUGAUGGACACCGACACGCCCGCUCCCAAACCAUGCCUAUCAUCAGGGGUAAGAAUGCUCUCACCAACCCCAAGCUGCUGCAGAUGAUGGAAACAGAUGGGAACCUCCCAGAAGGGGACACACUGAGCCCUACAGACAUCGAGGCUAACAUGUCCACAGAGGUGUCCCUCACUGUGCUAGAUAUCCUAGGACUCUUUGUCCACCAUCAUAAGAAGCAGCUGUUGAUGGAUGACGGACAGAAUGCAUUGAUGAAGAAAGUGCUGGAUACCUACCUGCUUUUUUUCCAGAUUAACCAGUCAACCACCACACUACGACACGUGUUUGCCGCGCUCAGGCUCUUUGUACAAAAGUUCCCUAGUGCAUUCUUCCAAGGCAAGGCAGACCUUUGUGGCUGUCUCUGUUAUGAGAUCCUGAAGUGCUGCAACCACCGCUCCAGCUCCACUCAGACUGAGGCGGCUGCCCUCCUCUAUUUCUUCAUGAGGAAGAACUUUGAGUUCACCAAGGGCAAGUCCAUAGUCCGCUCACACCUGCAGGUGAUUAAGGCAGUGAGCCAGCUGAUAGCGGAUGCUGGCAUCGGAGGCUCACGGUUUCAGCAGUCCUUGGCCAUCAUCAAUAACUUUGCCAACGGAGAUGCACCGCUCAAGAACACUCCAUUCCCAGCAGAGGUGAAGGACCUGACUAAGCGGAUCAGGACUGUUCUGAUGGCCACAGCCCAGAUGAAAGAGCAUGAGAAGGACCCUGAGAUGCUGGUGGACCUGCAAUACAGCCUCGCCAACUCCUAUGCAAGCACCCCUGAGCUUCGACGCACCUGGUUGGAGAGCAUGGCCAAGGUCCACGUCCGCAACGGAGACCUCUCUGAGGCUGCUAUGUGCUACAUUCACAUCUCAGCCCUGAUUGCUGAGUCACUGAAGAGGAGAGGCUACUGGAGAGCUGACAAGGCCAGGAUGUCCCGUGUGUCCCCAGAGGAAAGCCCUGUCUUUAACUGUAGCUCCUUACUAACUACCUCCCGAGAUCAAGACACAUCCUUCUCCAUGGGCUGGGCAGCCUUUAUGUGCAUCACUCCAAACGUCAAGGAGGAGGGAGCCAUGAAGGAAGAUACUGGUACACAGGACACACCAUAUACUGAGGACACCUUAGUGGAGCAGCUGGAGCUUUGUGUGGACUACCUUUGGAAAUCAGAGCGACACGAGCUCAUUGCCGACAUCAACAAGCCUGUUAUUGCUGUUUAUGAAAAAAGGAGAGAUUUCAAGAGGCUGUCUGAAUUGUACUACGACAUCCACCGUUCCUAUUUGAAGGUGACAGAGGUGGUAAAUUCAGAAAAGCGGCUCUUUGGUCGCUACUAUCGCGUGGCCUUCUAUGGACAGGGUUUCUUUGAAGAAGAGGAGAGUAAGGAGUUCAUCUAUAAGGAGCCAAAGUUGACAGGGCUGUCGGAAAUCUCCCAGAGGUUACUCAAACUCUACUCAGACAAGUUUGGAGCUGACAAUGUCAAGAUGAUCCAGGACUCCAACAAGGUGAACCCUAAAGACCUGGACCCCAAAUUCGCCUACAUUCAGGUGACAUAUGUGGUGCCCUACUUUGAUGAGAAGGAGCAACAGGAGAAACGGACGGAUUUUGAGAGACAUCACAACAUCAACCGCUUUGUGUUCGAGACGCCGUUCACCCUGUCCGGGAAGAAGCACGGGGAUGUUGAGGAGCAGUGCAAGAGACGCACCAUACUGACCACGAGUUCCAGUUUCCCUUACCUGAAGAAACGCAUCCAGGUGGUGGAGCAGCAAAGCACCGAAAUGAACCCUAUUGAGGUGGCCAUAGACGAGAUGUCCCGCAAGGUGUCUGAGCUCAACCAGCUGUGUAACAUGGAGGAGGUGGACAUGAUCCGGCUGCAGCUUAAACUGCAGGGCAGCGUCAGUGUCAAGGUGAAUGCGGGCCCAAUGGCCUAUGCCCGAGCCUUUUUGGAGGAGAAGAAUGCCAAAAAAUACCCAGAUAACCAGGUCAAACUGCUAAAAGAGAUUUUCAGGCAGUUUGCUGAAGCCUGUGGGCAUGCUCUAGAUGUGAACGAGCGCCUUAUCAAGGAAGACCAGCUGGAGUACCAGGAGGAGAUGAGGGCACACUACAGGGACAUGCUGACCGAACUGUCAGGCAUCAUGAAUGAACAGCUGCAAAAAAGUGUUUUAGCCUCGGGUAGCUCUUCUGUCUCUAACAGCUCUCUCUCCACUGUUUCUAAGACCGAUUCCUCACACAAGACAACCAGGAACGGAACGGCACAGCGCCUACUGAGUUGCCAGUAGACUCACUGCAGACUUUUUUGUGCCAGUGAGUUUUGUUUUGUUUUUUUGUUUUUUUCAACAAAAACAUGGAUAUUUCUAUAUUUCAACUUGAGCUCCAAGGUAGAUCCUCUGCUCAUUGUUGACUGCCAUUUUUUAGCAGCUGUGGUGAGCAAUGGGGGAGUGAAACUAUGAGUUAUGGAAAGUGUAGAGAAAACAAAGGCGAAAGUGUGUAGACUGUGGUUGUAGUAGUCUGUAGUUCUGUUGAAUUUUCAUUCUCUAGAGGCCAGGCUACUGGACUGUUAGCUACAUUGUGCAUUUGUGUUGGUUGUAGAGACUCUAUCCAUGUGUGCUAUGGACUUUCCUUCCCUGCCAAUUCAUCACGUUUUAGUUUGUAUACACAGUAGGAGAUGCACAUAGAAUUCAAAACCAAGCAGACAUAGACGGUACAUAUGCACACACACACACACGCACACACACAAACAAACACAACAUGCGCCUUCUCUCCACGACCCUGUCCCUUUAUAGAACAGUGACCUUGUCGAACUUGAGGUGCCUUCAACCAGCAAUAUUUCAAUUUUCAGUGGGUUAUCACUGUAGUUCAAACUAUCCGAAAAUAGGUCUUGUGUGAGGACUGUGAUGUGAAAAGGAAGUGACUCAGAUUACAUGUAUAACCAAGCAUCUGAUUGGUUGAACACACCUCUUGUUCUUAUUUGAAUGUAGAGCAGCUCCACAUAGCUACUUUCUAUCCUUGCUAACAUUCUGGGACUCUCCGCUUGCAGAUUUUCAAAUGGAAAAUUUUAUGUUUUAUAACAUUUCUAUGAUUGAUAAUGUCAUUGUUAUUAUUAUUUCUUGUACUGUUUCGAUUUGUAAAUAAGAAUAUUAAUAUUUAAAAUGUUUCAAAUGUUUUCUUUUUAUAAGAUACACAAUAUAUGAAUAUUUGUUUAGCUAAAUUAAAAAAAAGGAACAAACUAAAGUUUUAUGUAUAACAUUUAAAUAAAAUUUUGUUA